AAUUAUAAAGCUGUCUGCAGAGAUUUGGAAAAUGGCAACAAAUGAAAGUGCCAGCAUCUUUAGUUCAGCAUCCUUGGCUGUGGAGUAUGUAGAUUCACUUUUACCUGAGAAUCCUCUGCAAGAACCAUUUAAAAAUGCUUGGAACUAUAUGUUGAAUAAUUAUACAAAGUUCCAGAUUGCAACAUGGGGAUCCCUUAUAGUUCAUGAAGUCCUUUAUUUCUUGUUCUGUUUACCUGGAUUUUUAUUUCAAUUUAUACCUUUCAUGAAAAAGUACAAAAUUCAAAAGGAAAAACCAGAAACAUGGGAAAACCAAUGGAAAUGUUUUAAAGUAAUUCUCUUUAAUCACUUUUGUAUCCAGCUGCCUUUGAUUUUUGGAACCUAUCAUUUUACAGAGUAUUUCAAUAUUCCUUACGAUUGGGAAAGAAUGCCAAGAUGGUAUUUGGUUUUGGCAAGAUGCUUUUGUUGUGCAGUCAUUGAGGAUACUUGGCACUAUUUCCUGCAUAGACUCUUACACCACAAAAGGAUAUAUAAAUAUAUUCAUAAAAUUCAUCAUGAGUUUCAGGCUCCAUUUGGAAUGGAAGCUGAAUAUGCACAUCCUUUGGAAACCCUAAUUCUUGGAACUGGAUUUUUCAUUGGAAUUGUGCUUUUGUGUGAUCAUGUAAUUCUUCUUUGGGCAUGGGUGACUGUUCGUUUGAUAGAAACUAUUGAUGUUCAUAGGUGAGUUAUGCUUUACGUUCAGGUAUAAGGUAUCAUAAAAUAUCCUUAUUUUCAUGAUCAUAAGAUUACUUCUGAGUAGACUGAUGGAAGUUAGUGUUCUUAAUAUUAUUUUUAAGAAAACAGGAGAACAUAAUCAUUAGAUAAAAAUUUGUAUAUUAGAGAUGCUUUUACGUCCUGAUCUAUACUGUUAUCAUUUUGUAGUGAUAAUGAGUUAUUUGGGCAAAUAAAAUAAAUAUUCAGGAUCAGCAAUUUCUUUAUCCUUCUGUAAUAAACCUAAAUCUAAUGCUUAUUUGGAAAAAUUCAACCUUCACUAAAUAAGACUAUUUCUUGUCUCUACCGUCUAACUGAUAAAAGCAUUUACAAGGUGAAAAUACUUUUUGUACGUAUUUCAUAUGCUUCCUUUCUGCUGAUUGGAAGACAUUUGUGCUAAAUUACUUACAUUGAAUGCCUUUUAAAAUGCUUACUAUGCUAAUUUUUCAUUUUGUUAAAAUUAUUAUAUGUUCAUUGCAUUUUAACUUGGGACUUAUUACUAUAAUCAUGAAUGCAGUCUAUCAAAUUUUAAGUAUUUUUAAACCACUAAAGUAACAGAAUCA